AUGAAGGGUUUCGAUUCUGUAACCGAUCCAAAGAAUAGGUUCUUCCUAUGGACCAUCCUUGUUCUAAUCUCUUUGGUUUGCGCUGCUUAUUUUCUUGGUAAUGCUUUAUCUGCAAAGAGAUUUACCAGAUGGGGACUAAUUUAUUCAACACCCACUACAAAAUCCAAUGCAUGCAAGACACAAUGCUAUCCUCCUUCUGGAACUCACUCCUUGCCUCGAGGAAUUGUUGCUACAACAUCUGACUUGGAAACAAGGCCCUUAUGGGCCUCUGCUCCUCCAAACAAUAGAAUUUCAACCCGCCCAUUGAAUUUGUUGGCUAUUCCAGUAGGAAUUAAACAGAAACAAGUUGUUGAUAAAAUCGUCAAAAAGUUCCCUUCAACUGAUUUUGUUGUCAUGCUUUUUCAUUAUGAUGGUUUGGUCGAUGGAUGGAAGGAUUUAGCUUGGAGUAGCCAAGCCAUACACGUCUCUGCUAUACAUCAAACUAAAUGGUGGUUUGCAAAACGAUUUUUACAUCCAGACAUUGUUGCUGACUACAAUUAUAUAUUCCUCUGGGAUGAGGACCUUCUUGUCGAUAAUUUUGACCCCAAAAGGUAUAUAUCUAUUGUUAAAGAAGAAGGGCUAGAGAUAUCACAGCCUGCACUUGACCCUAGUAAAUCAGAAAUCUAUCAUCAACUAACAGCUCGUAUAGAAGGAUCCAAAGUGCACAGAAGGUACUAUAAGUUCAACGGUAACGGAAGGUGUGACGACAGUAGCACUGCUCCUCCUUGCUUAGGGUGGGUGGAAAUGAUGGCACCGGUGUUUUCUAAAAAAUCUUGGCCAUGUGUAUGGCAUAUGAUUCAGAAUGACUUAAUCCAUGCCUGGGGAUUGGAUAAACAGUUCGGUUACUGUGCACAGGGUGAUCGAAUGAGAAACAUCGGUGUGGUGGAUGCUGAGUACAUAGUUCAUCUUGGCCUUCCCACUCUUGGGGGAUCUGAUGGCAAUGCGACUUGGGCAAAUUCCCAUAGACCUAAAGUGAGGAUGCAGUCAUACAUUGAAAUGCAGAUAUUUGGCAAGAGAUGGAAGGAUGCAGCAAACAAGGACCAAUGUUGGAUUGAUCCAUAUCGACAAGAAGCACAUUAG